ACCUUUUGCCUUAAGAAUAUAGUUCAGGAAUGUUGUUACCAAAAACAUCUCUUUAUUUGCUCUUCAGGGUCAGAUGAAUAUGGUUGGUGGUUUUCAACAGAAGAUGACACAUAUGACCCUCUUAGUCCUUCUGAUGUUUCUAAAGGCUAUGAUGAAUCAAUUGAACUUGUCAAAUCAACUUUUCUUAACCAGGGACCAUUUGAUGGUGUUCUUGGUUUUAGUCAAGGAGCCUGUCUAUUAGCAAUUCUCUGUGCAUUAAGAGAACAAGGUUCUUUAAGUUUUAAAUUUGCCAUUCUUGUGGCUGCCUUCAAGUCAAGGUCAUCAGGACACAGUAUUUACUACACAAAGCCAAUAUUAUGCCCUACCCUACAUGUGUUCGGUGAUACAGACAGAGUGAUACCAAAAGAAAAUAGUGAAGACCUGCUGAAGAAUUUCUCAAACGCUACAAUUCUUAAUCAUCCUGGAGGUAAUUAUUAAGUUUCGUGGGGGUUUUUGUUUGUUUUCGGUUCCUUUUUUCGCUUAAAACCGUUUUAGUGAAGUAGUUAUUUGUAUGAAAACGUUUCCUUAUAGAGCACGAACGUUUGGGGGCAAGAAUGAACUGGAGGGACAAACUUUCCACUUAGUGAUUCAAUACCCAUAUUUUUUAUUAUAUGUACAUUGGCGGUAUUUGUAAGGUGUAAU